AUGGGAAAUCUAAAAUCGAGUCUUCCCUAUAAAAGUGUUGUUGAUUUGGCCUUCAGACAGCUCAAACCAGCAACUUUGAAUCAACCUCUCAAGCCAAUUGUGGUGAACUUGCAUGGUCUUUUUGGCUCCUCGCGGUCCUUCGCUGCUGUGAGCAGGAAGAUGGUCCAAGAUUUGAACACCGAGGUCUACAGCCUGGAUCUAAGGAACCACGGCAAAUCACCAUCGGCAAGUCCAUAUGACUACCUUACUCAAACAAGAGACGUUGUGAAGCUUUUACACGACCAGUUCGGCAAAGAACGUCCCAUUUCUAUCGUUGGGUUCUCAAUGGGAGGUAAGGUUGGCUUGCUUUCUGCUCUGUCCCGUCAGAUCAAUGUCGUUAAAUGCAUAUCGAUAGACAUGCCACCAUACAAGGUCUCGUCAAUUGGCAAAACGUUUAUGGAGAACUACGAUCUCAUGCUCAAAAUCAGCGAUCGAACUUACAAGGUGGAAAAGGGUGUCAAAGGGUGGAGAGAGAAAAUUCUUAAGCUUUUCCGAGCCUUGCCUUCGAAUAGUGAUCCAGGGUAUGCUUUAUACUUCGCACACGGCUUUUUAGAAGUCAAGGAUAACGAUGCAACCUUCAAUGCUACAAAGGACGCGGAUCCAUACGUCAACUAUCGGCUGCCCUUAGAUGACUUGAAGUGUUUACUUAAUGAUGUGAAGGAUAGCCCAGUGAUCGAGACGCUACCUCGGGAAGAGUUCCGACAGAAAGCACACGGACAAAUCUUGUUCAUGCGAGGUCUGCGCUCACCUUUGUUUCGCGACUCUCACAGCUCAUUGCUUGAGCACUUUCCCAGCCACACAGUAGCUGAAUUUAACACUGGUCAUAUAAUAAUGAGUGAAGCUCCCAAUGAGUUUUACACAUCGUGCAUCGAAUUUCUAUCAGCAGGAGCGCUUGACCGCGCUGAUCAGUAG